AAAGAAAGUAAGAAAAAACCCUCCCCUGUUUUCUAUGCCUCAUCUCCCGAGAAUUCUUAGUUUCUUCACCACCUAUAAAAACCAAUCAUUUUCCAAAAAAGUCAAAACUAAUAUGGGUUCAGCUCAACCACUGGCACUCACACCAGCCUUAACCUUAAUCAAUCGUCAAACAAGUACAAGAUUCCGCUACAUCAAGAAUCUUCAUUGUUUCACACCCAAAACAUGGUCUCGAAAUGCAGAUACUUCUUUUGAUUGUCGAUUCCCCUUUCUCUCUUAUUUUAUCUCUCCUCCUCUUCAUCCUUCUUUUCCGCUUUGCUCUCGUUUUCCUCUUCCUCGCCCUUCUCUUCCUUCUUUGUUCCCACUUGGUUUUCAUCCUCUUCGAUCUUUUUUAAUGUCCUCAAUGGCCACUCCACAAGCAGCUGCCAGUGACUCCUCGCAGCCUUCCGAAACUAAAACAGUAAGGGUUGUCAUAAAGGGUAGGGUUCAGGGUGUGUUCUAUAGGAACUGGACCAUAGAGAAUGCCACUCAACUUGGCUUGAAAGGCUGGGUUAGGAACAGGAGGGAUGGGUCAGUGGAAGCUCUGUUCUCUGGAACCCCGGAUUCUGUUGAGGAGAUGGAGCAGAGGUGUCGUCGUGGCCCACCAGCUGCCAUGGUUACCGGCCUUCAGGUUUUCCCUUCCGAUGAUGAUCCUGGUACUGGAUUUCAGAGGAAGCAAACAGUCUGAUCAGACUACACUAAAAGAGAUUACCCCCAUUCUGUAUUAGCAUGUAUAGUCGUCUUCUCUCAGGAAUAAAAUAGCCGAGUCAUCUAUGAUUAGAUGGUAUUGAUGUUUAUUGAAUUCUUAAAGAUGAUCUAUGUAGUCCUUCUGACCAGAAGAUAAAUAUAUAUAUUAUAUACAUAAUAUUAUCAGCA